AUGGACCUCCUUAGCAUGUUUGUUUGCAUUCCCAACCGAAGAAAACAUCUUGUCACAUCCAAGGUCCUCUGCGCGCGGGCAUGGGAAGCGCUCUCUUUGGGCAUGCAGUCUCUUACCAUGCGCCUUUGCAUCAUCUUCCGCGUUAAAUGUCUUAUCGCAUUGAAGCUCCUCUGCAUGUGGGCAUGGGAAGCGCUCUCCUCGGUCAUGUACCCUCUUGGCAUGCGCCUGUGCAUCCGAUUUCGAGCCGAACGUCUUGUCACAAUGAAGGUCCUCUGCGCGCGGGCAGGGCCAUCUGGCUUGAUUAUGCAUCCUCGCAUUAUGCUUGUUUGCAUUCCCUUGGGAGGUAAACAUCUUGUCACAUCCCAGAUCCUCUGCGCGCGGGCAUGGGAAGCGCUUUCCCUCCAUUGA